GAUGGCAGCGCUCGGGGCCGCGCUGAGGGCCUCGCUCGUGGCCGCCGGUGCCCGGUCGGCGCCGCUGGGCCACCGCGCGCCGCACGCGCCCUGCUCCGCGUCUGCCGCUGCCCGCGGCGCUGCCAUGGAGCCGGCGCCCCACUGGCUGGCGGGGCUGCGCUUCGACAACCGCGCCCUGCGCGCGCUGCCCGUGGAGACGCCGCCGGCCGGGCCCGAGGGCGCCCCGUCCUCGCCGCGGCCGGUGCCCGGGGCCUGCUUCAGCCGCGUGCGGCCCGCGCCGCUGCGCCAGCCGCGCCUCGUGGCGUUGUCGGAGCCCGCGCUGGCGCUGCUGGGCCUGGGCGCGCCGCCCGCCGACGCCGCCGCCCGCGAGGCGCGCGAGGCCGAGGCCGCGCUCUUCUUCAGCGGCAACGCGCUGCUGCCGGGCGCCGAGCCCGCCGCGCACUGCUACUGCGGCCACCAGUUCGGCCAGUUCGCGGGGCAGCUGGGCGACGGCGCCGCCAUGUACCUGGGCGAGGUGUGCACGGCCGCGGGCGAGCGCUGGGAGCUGCAGCUCAAGGGCGCGGGCCCCACGCCCUUCUCCAGACAGGCUGACGGCCGCAAGGUCCUGCGGUCGAGCAUCCGCGAGUUCCUGUGCAGCGAAGCUAUGUUCCACCUGGGCAUCCCCACCACACGGGCCGGGGCCUGCGUCACGUCCCAGUCCACGGUCGCCCGAGACGUGUUCUACGACGGCAAUCCCAAGUACGAGAAGUGCACAGUCGUGCUGCGCAUAGCUUCCACUUUCCUGAGGUUCGGAUCCUUUGAGAUCUUUAAGUCCGCGGAUGAGCACACCGGGCGCGAGGGCCCCAGCGUGGGGAGAAACGAUAUCCGAGCGCAAAUGCUCGACUACGUGAUCAGCUCGUUUUAUCCCGAGAUCCAGGAGGCACACGCCGAGGACCGCACGCAGAGGAACGCCGCCUUCUUCCGGGAGGUGACCCGCCGCACGGCCCGGAUGGUGGCAGCGUGGCAGUGUGUGGGCUUCUGCCACGGCGUGCUCAACACGGACAACAUGAGCAUCGUGGGGCUCACCAUCGACUACGGGCCCUUCGGCUUCCUGGACAGGUACGACCCCGACCACGUGUGCAACGCCUCGGACAGCGCUGGGCGCUACGCAUACAGCAAGCAGCCCGAGGUCUGCAAGUGGAACCUGCAGAAGCUGGCAGAGGCGCUGGAGCCCGAGCUGCCCCGCGAGCAGGGGGAGGCCAUCCUGGCUGAGGAGUUCGACGCCGAGUUCCGCUGUCACUACCUGCAGAAGAUGCGCAGGAAGCUGGGCCUGGUGCGCACGGAGCUGCCCGACGACGGGGCGCUGGUGGCCAGGCUUCUGGAGACCAUGCACCUGACGGGGGCCGACUUCACAAAUACCUUCUACUUGCUGAGCUCCUUCCCAGUGGGGCCGGAGCCCCUGGGCCUGCCUGCAUUCCUGGCCGCGCUCACCGCACAGUGCGCCUCCUUAGAGGAGCUGAAGCUCGCCUUCCGACCCCAGAUGGAUCCCCGGCAGCUCUCCAUGAUGCUGAUGCUGGCACAGUCCAACCCUCAGCUGUUUGCGCUCAUGGGCACGCGGGCGAGCGUCACGGAGGAGCUGGAGCGCAUGGAGCAGCAGUCGCGGCUGCAGCAGCUGAGCCCGGCGGAGCUGCUGAGCAAGAACAGGGCCCACUGGACCGACUGGCUCCAGGAGUACGGAGCCCGGCUGGAGAAGGACAGGGAGGGCGUGAGCGACCCGGACGCCUGGCAGGCCGAGCGCAUGCGCGUCAUGCACGCCAACAACCCCAAGUACGUCCUGCGGAACUACAUCGCCCAGAACGCCAUCGAGGCCGCGGAGAACGGAGACUUCUCAGAGGUGCGGCGGGUGCUGAAGCUUCUGGAAACCCCGUACCACAGGGACGGGGAGCCCACCGAGGCCCCGGGGGCCGCCGGGGCACACAGCGGCGGGAACUCCUACAGCAGCAAGCCCCCGCUGUGGGCGGCCGAACUGUGCGUGACGUGAUCCUCGUAAGGGCCUCGGAGGCCUCCACACGCGGAGUCCCGAGGCCCCGAGCCCCACCGAGUCCUUGAGGCGGCGCACACCCCGUGGCACCCCAGCCCGUCUCUCCAUGACGGCCGAGACGUCCAGUCAGGACCUGACCCGUCUCUGUCUGACGCAGACUCAGCAGCCCAGCCCCUGCUCGGUGCGCUCCCUAUCUACG